GGCAUUUGACAGAGUAAAUUACGAUGUUCUAAUAGGCAAGCUUUCAGAUGUAAAUAUCAAAGGAAACCUACUGAGAUGGUUAGAUUCUUAUAUAAGAAAUCGUUGUCAAGCCGUUGUAGUUGGUGGUUAUAGGUCUAACUUUGUAGAUAUCCCGUCAGGUGUGCCGCAGGGUUCACAUAUGGGACCUUUGCUGUAUAAUAUCUAUCUUUAUGAUAUAGAUAAAUGCCUUCAUAGUUCUAAAUUCCUUUUAUAUGCGGACGAUAAAAAGAUAUUUACCAAAAUAGCUAGUUUAGAUGAUUGUCUUUCACUUCAAAACGACCUUAAUAGAUUAACAAAUUACUAUAACAUAAAUAAGAUAUCAGUUAAUAUAAAUAAAUGUCAAAAAAUAACUUUCUCUAGGAAUAAAAAAAAUAUUAUAAAUUUUGAAUAUUCAAUCUGCAACGAAAAAAUUCCAUCCACUAAUACAGUAAGAGAUUUAGGCGUGAUACUGGACGAGAAACUCACGUACAACGACCACAUUGACUACGUCACAAAUAAGGCAUUUGCUAAUUUAGGUUUUGUUUUGCGCACAGCUGAACCUUUUGACGAUAUACGAUGUUUAAAGGUCUUAUACUUUGCAUAUGUUCGGAGUAUCCUUGAGUUUGCAUGUGUAAUAUGGCGACCAAUCUACAAAUGUUAUAUCAAUAGGCUAGAAAAGAUACAAAAAAUAUUUUUUAAGAAAUUAAAUUUUAAAUCCAAACAUUUCCCUGUAAGCUAUGAGCAGGCUUGUCUACAUUAUAAUAUUAACGCGUUAUCGGAUAGAAGAGAUCUAAUUGACGUAAUGUUCUUGUUUGAUAUUCUAAAUAAUAAAUUUGACUGUAUCUCUAUUUUGAAUCCUUUAAAUUUUCGGGUUCCCAGUCAAGGCACUCGACAAAAAAAUUUGUUCUUAGUGCCGUCAACGUCUACAAACUAUCUUAAAAAUUCUCCAUAUUUCAGACUCCCUGAAGUAUAUAAUAAUAAAUUUUGCUCAGCUGAUAUAUUUUGUUUAUCACGCCCUAGAUUUAAAAGUGCAAUUCUUCAGAUUAUAAAUAACUUAAAUAAGUAAUACACACACACUCAC